AUGCGGCGGAAGCAGAAGCGGCUGCUGCAGGCGGUGGGGCUGGCGCUGGCCGCCCUCGUCUUCCUCCCCAAUGUGGGGCUCUGGGCGCUGUACCGGGAGCGGCAGCUGGAUGCCGCCGGCGAAGGGCGAGGAGGAGCGGGAGGCGGCGCUGCGGGGGGAGGCUUCCAUGCAAGACAAAGGAAUGAAGCUUACCUUGGUAACCAACAAAGAAAAAAAGACUGGCAUGACAGAAAAGCUAUAAAGAAUGAUUUGCAGAGAACAGGAAAUGGAGAACAAGGAAAACCAUAUCCUAUGACUGAUACUGAGCAAGUGGACCAGGCAUAUAGGGAAAAUGGUUUUAAUAUUUUUGUGAGUGAUAAAAUUUCUUUAAACCGUUCUCUACCAGAUAUACGACAUCCAAACUGCAAUAGCAAGCUAUAUCUGGAACAACUUCCCAACACCAGUAUAAUAAUCCCAUUCCACAAUGAAGGAUGGUCCUCACUUCUUCGAACAGUGCAUAGUGUUCUCAAUCGUUCUCCUCCUGAACUGAUAGCUGAAAUUGUGCUGGUGGAUGAUUUCAGUGAUAGAG